GGGCGGGCGGCGAUGCUCGGCAAAGCCCCCGGCUCGCACGGAGCGCUCGAUCCCGCACCCAGGGCGCCGCGGAGGCUCGUCCCGGCGGCAGCCCCGCCGGCGGGGCCAGGAUUACCGCGGAGAAGGCAGCAGCCGGAGCCCGUGUGCGGGCGCGGGGACCCCCCCCCCCCGGUGCUGCGAUGGAGCGCAGGGUGGUGCUGGCGCUGCUGCUGUGGCUGGGGAGCGGGCCGGCUCCAGGCUUGUUUAUUUCUCUGGAUCAACCAAGUCUUAGCAUCCAAAAAGAUAUCCUAACAAUAACUGCAAAUGAUACUCUAAAUAUUACUUGCAGUGGUCAAAGAGCUUUGGAGUGGCUCUUGCCUAACAAUCAGAGCAGUUCUGAGAAACAUGUUGCAGUGACGGACUGCAGGGACGGCCCCUAUUGUAAGAUGCUCACUCUUACAAAAGUAAUAGGGAAUGACACUGGGGACUACAAGUGCUUUUACAGAGACACCCAGGCAACUACAAGCAUUUAUGUCUAUGUUCAAGAUUACAGAUCUCCAUUUGUGACUUCAGUUAGUGACCAACUUGAUGUUAUAUACAUUACUGGGAACAAAACAGUGGUGAUUCCAUGUCUUGGAUCCAUAUCAAAUCUCAAUGUAUCACUUUAUGCGAGGUAUCCAGAAAAGUUAUUUGUUCCUGAUGGUAAAUCAAUCUCAUGGGAUAAUAAAAAAGGCUUCACUAUUCCCAGUAACCUGAUCAGCUAUGCAGGCAUGGUCUUCUGCGAAGCUAAAAUAGAUGAUGAAAGUUACCAGUCUGUGAUGUACAUAGUUGUGGUUGUAGGAUACAGAAUUUAUGACUUAACUAUGAAUCCUCAUCACCAAAUAGAGCUGGCAGCAGGGGAGAAACUAGUUCUAAAUUGUACUGUGAGGACGGAGCCGAAUGUUGGAAUUGAUUUCAAAUGGGACUACCCUUCUGUUAAGGGAAAACGUGCUACAGUCAGAGAUUUAAAAACAUCAUCAGGGAAUGAGCCGAAGAAGUUCGUAAGCACUCUUACCAUAGACCAUGUGUCCUUAAAUGAUAGAGGCCGAUACAACUGCACAGCAUUCAGUGGCCUUAUGACUAAGAAAAACAGCACGUAUGUCAUUGUCCACGAAAAACCUUUUAUCCUUUUGGACAGAAUGGGGUCUGUGGUGGAGACAAGGGUAGGAGACCAAGUCAAAAUCCCUGUGAGAUUUACAGGCUAUCCUCCACCAGAAGCAAAAUGGUAUAAAAAUGGAAAAGCCAUCAGCACAAAUCAUACCAUUAAACUUGGUUACACAUUAACAAUUACUGAGGCAAGUGAAAAGGAUGCUGGGAAUUAUACCAUUGUACUUACAAACCCCAUUAACAAGGAGCAACAGAGACACACAUUUAACCUGGUUGUGAAUGUUCCACCUCAGAUUGGGGAGAAUGCUUUGUUGGCUCCUGUUGAUUCCUACAAGUAUGCGACUACUCAAGUCCUAACCUGCACAGUCUACGCCAUUCCGGCCCCAGUCAAUAUCCAGUGGUACUGGCAGUUAGAGGAACAGUGUACUUUCCGCCCUAAUCAAGUUGGUUUGGGAAUCAAUCCUUAUGCAUGUAAGAAAUGGAAAGACGUCACGGACAGAAAGGGCGGAAAUCGGAUUGAAAGAAUUAAAAAUCAGUUUGUUGCUAUUGCUGGGAAAAUGAAGACCGUAAGCACCCUUGUGAUUCAAGCAGCAAAUGUGUCAGCUUUGUACAGAUGCGUGGCUACUAACAAAGCUGGAGUGGGUGAGAGGGUUAUCUCCUUUCAUGUUACCAGGGGUCUUGAAAUUAAUCUUCAACCUAGAAACCAACCCACAGAAAAGGAUAACAUGUCCUUGCAGUGCACUGCGGACAAAUUCACCUUUGAAAACCUGACCUGGUAUAAACUGAGUCCUCGCACCUCGCAGAGGCCACUUGGGGGGUUGCCAAUGCCUGUGUGCAAGAACCCAGAUGACCUUUUGAAGCUGAAUGCCACAGUUUCUAAUAGCAAUGGUGAAAAUGUUACCUUAGAGCUCAUCCUCCGUAACAUUUCUCUUCGAGAUCGAGGGGAUUACGUUUGCAUAGCCCAGGACAAAAAGACUAAAAUGCAACAUUGUCUUGUCAAGCACCUCACUGUUCAAGAGCCUGUGGCCCCCACAUUGGUAGAGAGCCUGGAGAAUCAAACAGCAAACCUUGGUGAAACCAUAGAAGUAUCAUGCCCAGCAAAUGGAAUUCCUCCUCCACACAUCACAUGGUUUAAAAGCAAUGAAACCCUUGUUGAAGACUCAGGUAUUGUUUUGAAAGAUGGGAACAAAACUCUAACCAUACGCAGGGUAAGGAAAGAAGAUGGAGGUCUCUACACCUGCCUUGCCUGCAAUGUCCUCGGAUGCAAAAAAGCACUAUCGUUCAUUUGUUUCUCCCCAGGCGCCGAAGAGAAAAUGAACCUGGAGCUCAUUAUCCUGGUUGGGACUGCAGUGAUUGCCAUGUUCUUCUGGUUGCUUCUUGUAAUCAUUCUCCGGACCGUUAAACGGGCCAGUGGAGGGGAACUAAAGACUGGCUACUUGUCAAUCAUCAUGGAUCCUGAUGAAGUCCCUAUGGAUGAGCAGUGUGAACGUCUCCCCUAUGAUGCUAGCAAGUGGGAGUUUCCCAGAGACAGGCUAAAGCUAGGUAAACCCCUGGGGCGUGGAGCAUUUGGCCAAGUCAUAGAAGCAGAUGCAUUUGGAAUUGACAAAACUGCUACCUGCAAAACUGUUGCAGUAAAAAUGCUGAAAGAGGGUGCUACACACAGUGAACACCGCGCACUUAUGUCAGAGCUCAAAAUCCUCAUUCAUAUUGGUCAUCAUCUAAAUGUUGUCAAUUUACUUGGUGCCUGCACAAAACCAGGAGGCCCACUUAUGGUGAUUGUGGAAUACUGCAAAUUUGGAAAUUUGUCAACUUACUUAAGGAGCAAGAGAAGUGAAUUUGUGCCGUACAAGACUAAAAAUACCAGAUUUAGGCAGGGGAAAGAAAACUAUGUUGGUGAAAUCUCAGCGGACUUGAAGCGACGCUUAGACAGCAUCACAAGCAGCCAGAGCUCGACGAGCUCGGGAUUUGUGGAGGAGAGAUCCCUCAGUGAUGUAGAGGAAGAAGAAGCUUCUGAAGACCUUUGCAAGAAUCCUCUGAGCAUGGAGGACCUUAUCUGUUAUAGCUUCCAGGUGGCCAGGGGGAUGGAGUUCUUGGCUUCACGCAAAUGCAUUCAUAGGGACUUGGCUGCUCGUAAUAUCCUCUUAUCACAGAAUAACGUGGUCAAAAUCUGUGAUUUUGGCUUGGCACGAGACAUCUACAAAGACCCAGAUUAUGUCAGGAAAGGAGAUGCCAGAUUACCCCUAAAAUGGAUGGCACCAGAAACCAUUUUUGACAGAGUAUAUACCAUUCAGAGUGACGUAUGGUCCUUCGGCAUUCUGCUAUGGGAGAUAUUUUCAUUAGGAGCUUCGCCAUAUCCUGGUGUAAAAAUUGAUGAGGAGUUUUGUAGAAGACUGAAAGAAGGAACAAGGAUGAGAGCACCAGACUAUACAACACCAGAAAUAUAUCAGACGAUGCUGGACUGCUGGCAUGGAGAACCUAAGCAAAGACCUACUUUUUCUGAAUUAGUGGAGCACCUGGGAAACUUACUGCAAGCCAAUGUUCGUCAGGAUGGUAAAGAUUACAUUGUCCUUCCUCUAAUGGUAUCACUGAACAUGGAUGAGGAUUCUGGACUCUCUUUGCCAACCUCACCUGUUUCCUGUAUGGCGGAAGAGGAAGCCUGCGAUCCUAAAUUCCAUUAUGACAACACAGCAGGAAUUAGUCCGUACCGACAAGAUAGUAAAAGAAAAAGCCGACCUGUGAGUGUGAAAACAUUUGAAGAUGUGCCCUUAGUACCUGCUGUAAAAGUUGUUCAAGAUGACAAUCAGACAGACAGUGGGAUGGUUCUUGCAUCUGAAGAGCUGAAGACACUGGAAGACAGAGCACAGCAAGUGACAGUUCCCUUUAGUGUGCUGGUGCCCAGUAAAAGUAAUGAAUCUGUGAUGUCUGAAGCAUCAAACCAGACGAGUGGCUACCAGUCAGGAUAUCAUUCUGAUGACAUGGACACCACAGUUUACUCUAGUGAAGAGACAGAACUAUUGAGCACCAGAGAGGACACACCUCAAAGGUGCUGCACACAGACACUUACCUACGACACUGGUGUUCCACUCAGCUCACCUACGGUUUAGAACAAAACAAACAACAGGAAAUCAUAUGGAAUGUUCCUGUAUUUCUUAGGCUGUUUGUAUUCAGGGCUUAUACACAGGACACCCGCCUUCACAAGAAGGACAUGAGUAUCACGUAGCAAAUUGCGCAGUGAUGAGCCACAAGAUGCUUGUUCAAGAGACAUCGGUUGCUCAUGAUAAGUUGCAGAGUGCUGUCACUGCCGUGAACAUAUGUAUUUUGUUUCUCUGAUUACAAAGUCGGGUUGUGGAUUUUGAGACCCAAAUGAAACACAUGUUGACACUAAGUGUCUGUCCAAUGGUGUAAAGACUACAGGCAAUGGUAUAGCAUUCAGCAGGGCGCUUUGUGCUUCCAGUUGUACAAAAUAAAGCUCCAGCCAUGCAUGCCUUUUGUUUCUCCUUGCGGCUGGGCUCCAGGAAGGAAAUAUCACUGUGUUGGUUUCUUGUUUCAGAAUUAUUUUUUACUGAGACCCCUACAAAAAAAAAAACAAAAACAAAAAAAAUUCCGAUUUAAGCUCUGUGUCUAAUUGAAGGUUUCUGACUAAAUGUAGACUGAAUUAAACAAAGACAAGGUUGAUGGUUGCUCUCCUUGACAGAAAACACAUUUGCCUUGGUAAGACCUGAUGAGCUGUAUUUCUUUGGGUAAGAGUUUCCCAGUGAAGUCAGUGAAUUUGGGCCUGAUCCAACAACCGCCUAAAGUAUAUGCAAAUAAUUCUCAUGGACUUUAAUAGACAAUGGAUCAGGCCCUGGAACAAGUAGAAAUGAAAGUAGAAGUUACCUAAGGCGAUCUAUAACUUAUUUUUAAACUCUUUUUCCUCCCAUAGAAGGCCAAAUUCUGUGCUGGUAUAAAGUGACACAGCUCCAAUGUACAGCAGUAGAGAAUUUGCCCCAUAAACUCUUGAGUAUCAAUGACUUAUUACAUGGCAGCUCAAACUUCUAGGAGUGGUGAUUUUUCAACUUAAUUAAUUAUUGUACUGGCUUUUAACUGUGUUCUUGUAGCCCAGAACUGUAACGAUAACACUGUAUAUGUACAAGAUUUUUAAAAUGUACAGCUAUUUCUACUGAGUUUCUUUAUCUAUUUUAUUUUUUUUAAGGGUUUUUGUACUAUAAUGUCAAAUGCUGGGAACCACGAGUAUAAGGCAAAUAUGGCACAUAUAAUAUUUAUAGCCUGUUUAUGUAGAAAUAAAUAUAAUAUAUUAAAAUAUAAAUAUGUUUUAUAUAUAUACUGAACAUUGUACUAUUCACAUUUUGUAUCAGUGUUUUGUAGCGUUACAAGGGUCACAAUGUUUUUUAUAAUACCGGAAGUAUCUCACUUUAUUAAAAGGGAUUGGAAAAUA